AUGGAGACAGGAUUACCACCAAGCUGGUCGCUCAAGGUCAGUCGCACCCACAACAAGGAGUACUACUUGAACCAAGCAACGAAAGAAUCUUCUUGGGAACCGCCAUAUGGAACAGAUUCAGACAAGCUCAACAAUUACUUGGCUAAGUUCAAGGCCAACGGGUAUAAACCAGUGGUUGCCGAGGAUGGUAAGGUCAGAGCAGCACAUUUACUCGUGAAGAACGAAACCUCCAGAAGACCUAAAUCAUGGAAACUGCCAGAUGGCAUCACUAUCUCGAGAGACGAGGCCAUUGCUAAAAUAAAAGGGUUCCAGAAGCAGAUUUUGAAUGGAGAGGUAAAGCUCAGCGAUUUGGCCAGGACUGAAUCGGACUGCUCGUCUCAUACAAAUGGAGGAGACUUAGGAUUCUUUGGUAAGGGACAGAUGCAGCCCGCGUUUGAGCAAGCAGCAUUCGGAUUGAAUGUUGGUGAAUACAGCGAUAUCAUUGAGACCGAUAGUGGAAUUCACAUUGUGCAAAGAACUGGAUAG